GUAGUAGAAGCGACUUACUUCUCCGCCCAAUGCGCCGGAUCCGUCGCCCGACUGGAGGCUCUCUUUCGGCACGAGAUAUUUACCAACAUCCAAGAUGGCGGCAUAAUCUCGACGGCUUUUCGCGGGGAAGGCUAAGAACGGUGACGAGGACGAGUCAUCCACGCAGCGAUCUUUUUUCGCCGAUUCUAUUUGAGCUGCCUCAGGGAAGUUAACUUGUGAUGCGUGCAGCUCGUCUCGCUCUGUUGGCGAUUCUACGGAUCUAGUCGAUGGUUGGUUGGUUGCAGCACUUCCACGAUGAAAAUGCAAUGCGAUAAUGGCGCUUUAGUUAUUUCCUUAACCCCUGCCCCGCGCUGCGUCAGGUUAUUCAACCAACGGGAUAAAAAUGUACCGUUGUAAAAACGAUGCUACGGGACGCUCGGAACAACACACAGGAGUUUUAGAUGACUAAACUUAAUUUUAGAAUAGAUAUUUAGGUAAAUUUAACUUUUUCUCAAAACGCUCCUAUUACAAAUACUUUGAUAUAAUAAUUUGAUUUUUUUAAUGCAAACUAAAAAUACUUUUUACAAAAUAUAUAUUUAAGUAGAUAAACACAGCAAUGUAAAAAAAAUAACAUGUAUUUUUAAUAUUACCGUUGAAAUUUCGUUCAAACCCAAAAGAGAGUUGAGAGAUAAUAAAAUUACGAAGAUGAAAAAUGCGCUCUCGCGAUUUUCAGAUACUGAAUCAGUUCUUAAUCUUACGUUUUUUAAAGCGCUAUUUGUAGAAAAAGGGACGUCACGAAAUUGGUAUCGAGAAAGCAAUCGCACGGCGGAGAAGGUCGUGUCGCCGGUGACUGCUCGUAGAUCAGCAAGCUCGCGCUCCAUCUUCAUCGCGCCGCUCAAAGCAAAUCAGCCUUCGAAGUGUUACAAUUUCGUUCCCCCCAUCUCUCCCCCCCCAACCCCCGCCUCGAAAGUCCCUUUAACUAUCCCGCUAUUUUCCUAACUCCCGUCCUAACCCCCUCCGGGGCUAUCUCCCCCGUUCUCCACGUCGCUCCUCCACUCUCGCAGCCCUCGGUAGGGUGGAAACACGUCGGUCCGACCGGUUGGGGUGGUUUCGUCUGACGGGGUGCGAGCGAGAGUGGGGUUCGAAACGCCCGCCCAUUGGUCCGCCCACGUAGGACUGAAGCGGUCGCUUCAAAUCAAUUCGAGCCUCGAUCUCACCCUGUAAACGAUUCUCCGCUCGCGAUCGUGCAUCCCUCGUCGUUCGCGAGUUCGUGACAUCCGAUCUCCCAAUCUGAAAACGUAUCAAUGCCAAAAGGAAUUUAUGACACCACCCGGGAGCGAACGUCGCCGAAGACUCGUGCGUGAAUCUCGAUACAAAUCUCGGGGGACAAUUUAGUUGAAAUCGUCAGUUCUUUAACGAGAAGGGAAGGUCGUACGAUCUCGUGACUCGGGAGAUUAUUUUACAGCGAGUGGCCUGGCGAGAGGAAGACACGUCGAAGAUCCGUCGAGCACGUCUGAUUGGAUGCUGGCUUAAAAGGUGCGCGAUGAAGUCGUUCGAGAAUCGUCCCCGUUGGACGGGAGGCAUCCUCGACGAUGCCUCGUCGGACGACUGACGUGCGCGUUAGCAGCUUGAAUCCGCAAGCGUCGGGCGGAAAGCAAGGCGAGGGAGCGGAAGGAGCGAAGCGGAAAAAAUCCCGUUAUCGUUGUGGAAACAAACUAUUAGCGUAAGAUAGCACUUGUCAGGCGGGGGGGGAUAGAGUGACGGAUAGUUUGAACGUGACAGUCGCUCCGCUGAAAUAUAUCGCGACGGAAUCGUCGCGCCGGUGUGUUUUUCGUUUGCCGACGAUUCGCGGAAAAAUUUCGACAUGUGAUCGGCACGAUCGCGAAGGAAUUUGGUGCUCGCGUACCGAUACAACCGCAACUCGGUAUCACGAUGUCAACGGUAGCGUCAAGCGAGCCGCGGCACGGGUUUCCCCGCUUGAGAACUGAGGUGACUGAAAUCUUCGACGGAGGAAAUCGCUGCAGGUGUAUUGAGCGCGGCGAUUAUUUAUAUUAGAGAAAUCCACUUCGUGCGGGUAACUAACGUGCGGGACCCCCGUUACGUCCCCGACGGACGCAGUUUCCUUUCGGAAUACAACCGAUCGUUCUUGUUAAGAGAUUUUACAAGUGAAGUAUUUCGUAUUGGAACACUCGACGUCAAUGGUAGUCUAGAGCUUGCGAUAAUAAUUUGAAGCUUAACAUCAGGAAAAUAUAUAGUGCACUUGAACGAGGGAUUUUCUACUCGGAUGGAGUUUCCAAGUGAAGAAUGAGAGCGAGCAGUAAUCUCAAAGGGCCAAUCGCGGGACCGUCGACGAAAUAGACGACGAGCACCUCGGUGGCGGGUCCUCACGCUCAUGAGGCGGCGAUCACGAUGGAGCCACGUGCGAUGAUGAUGUCGAACCUGUCGUGCGACGGCUGCGCGGACAGCGACCGGGACUCGGAUAGUAGUAGCAUGAUCGUCGACCCGGUGAGUCUCGACAAGAACGACCUGUCGCCGCCGUCGCAGACGUCGUCGAGCCCGGUGAUACCGAGCUGCUCACCGGUCCCAACGCCAACGUCGAUGCCACCGUCGUCGGCCGGCAGGAGUCGGAGCGGCGGCGGCGGCGGCGGUGGUGGUGGUGGUGGCGGCGGCGGAGGCGGUGGUGGCGGCAGCGGGGGCGGUAGCGGACGCUCCUCCAAGAAAACGUACUCGAUGAUGUCGGCAUCGAAUCAAUCAGCGAAAUCCGGCGGUUCCGCUCAACCUAAUUACGGUUCCGAUAAGAUGUCGUCGUCCCUGAUAAAACCGCCGUACUCGUACAUUGCGCUGAUCACCAUGGCGAUCCUGCAGUCGCCGCAAAAGAAGCUGACGUUGAGCGGCAUCUGCGAGUUCAUCAUGUCACGCUUUCCCUACUACCACGACAAGUUUCCCGCCUGGCAGAACUCCAUUAGGCACAAUCUCUCGCUGAACGACUGCUUCAUCAAGAUCCCGCGCGAGCCCGGGAACCCGGGAAAGGGUAACUACUGGACGCUGGACCCGCUGGCGGAGGACAUGUUCGACAACGGUAGCUUCCUGAGACGCAGGAAGCGAUACAAGAGGCCGCCGCCGCACUACGUGCUGCGGGACCGGGCGAUCAUGGCCACCUUCGCCAUCUGUGGCGACCGGGGACCUUGUCCGGGUGGCGGCAGCGGUCACCCAGGCGCCCUGGCCUAUCCCGGCGCCACUUACCUAUCACCACCACCCGGUCUGCCGCUGCUAGACUUCUCCCCGUCGACCCUGGAGGCGCUGAAGCUCGGCGGUUUUCUGGAACCGCCGCCGCCGCUCUACAAACCAGUGCCGAUCACGGCGCCGCCGAUCAGGCAGAUCGACCCGACCUCCACCAGGACGCUGCCGGUCAGCCAUACGACGAGCGUCGAAAAGAAGCGCAACUUCAGUAUCGACGCGCUCAUCGGCAAGCAGGCGGCCAGCGAUCAGAACUGCGGCGCGUUGCUGGACCUAAGCCCGUCGGAGCACAGGGAGAUCAGGAGCCAGGCGUCCGCCUUCUCGCCGCUCGUCUAGGAGCUUCCCAGCGGACCUUCUCCUUCUCCAAUCGCCAAAGACAGACGGUGACUUUCCGAAAGUAUUCAUCAUUUGUAGCGCCCCUCGUUGCGAGCUUGACGUGACUGCGUAAUUGUUUUGGGCAGAUCAGAAGUGGCAUAACUAAGCGUCAAACGCGUGUUUUUUCCACGAGAAGAUUUCGUAAUUAUCAUUAAGCAAGACAAUGUCUUAACACACGAAAGCUUUUGAAUCCGGAAGCGGUUUCUGUCGUUCGAAAUAAGAAGAUGUAGGAGAAAUCUUCUGUUCCUGGGAAGAAGAGUGAAUAGAAUCCGUAAAGUGAACGCUAAACUUGAUCGAAAUAUGGUGCCCAUAUCGAGGUCGUGUUGGUGAACCGUGCUAAUCAAAGACUGAUCGGAGACUCGGCUGGUCAAGAACGACUCUCGAGAAAGUUUGAACCAAUCGCAUGCACACCGCAAAAGGACUACUCGUUCCAGAGGCGAUGGUAACUGAUUGAGUCGUUUAGCAAAUAUUCUUUUUCACCGAUGCUGUCCAAAUGAAAUAAACAAUUUAACCCCGAAAAUAAACCGAACAAUAAGCACAAUUUGAAAAUCGAAUUUUCCCUAUCGGUCACGAUUUAUUCGCAGUUCACCUCGAAGAAGGAAAUAUUUACUAUCAAAGCGAAGGUUUUAACACUCUCUUUUCGUCAUUUUAUAAAGGUAUUGAAUUAUCGUUCAUUAUAUUGUAAUGUUUUCUAUAUCAUUUGGGCAGAGUUUACUUAAAACUGUUAUAUACGACGUGCAGCCUUGUAGCUUCGACGCAAACCUCUGAAAGUUAUCAAGAUGCUGCUCUGCGUGUAUUGACCGUACACUUUCGAGGUCUAAAAUAUAUUCAGCAGGUUGCAGGCGAGAAGGACGUGCAUCGAGAUUCAGGCGUUAUCUGUGUUAUCUACAAUCCUAGGUUUUAUUCGGUAAGGCGAGGCGAGGAUCGUGCUUCGUGUAAUCGUACCAUACCUGGCGCACAUGAAAUUCCCGAUGAUCGUGUUUCUUACCGAGUAUAGGAAAUCAAGAUGCGUCACUAUAGAGAAAGAACGUACGAAUCGAUUUAAUGGGGACGCAUAUAUCGGGGAUAAUAGCGUUGUAUCCCGUAUAUAUCGGCGCAUCUUUGUAAAAAGGCGUAGUGCAAUAGAGCGUAACGUUUUUAUUUAACAUUCGUGCUGCUUUUUGGAACGAUCAGUGGAAGUAGACGCAUUGUAACCACAUUAAUUCAAUCGCGAUAUAAAAUUACAUUUCAAUUGUAAAUCUUUUUCACAAAUUCUUACGAGGCUGUUUCCCGUAAAAAAAAAA